UUCAAAUUUGGGAUGUUACAGAACCAGUUGGUGUUGUGAAGUAUGUCUUAAAGGGCCAUGAACAAGGAGUUAAUUGGGCCUCAUUCCAUCCUAGUCUCCCUCUUAACGUUUCUGGAGCUAAAGAUCACCAAGUGAAGGUCUGGCAAAUGCAAGUCCUAAGAAGUCAUCAUGUCGAAGCCCAUCGUGGUCAAGAGUUCAGACGGGGAGACGUUCGAGAUUGAUGAGGCGGUGGCGAGUCAGUCACAGAUAAUCAAAUAUAUGAUUGAAGACGGAUGUGCUGAUGGUGGUAUCCCUCUUCCCAACGUCGCCGGUAAGGUCCUUUCCAAAGUUAUCGAAUAUUGUAAGAAACAUGUCGAUCAUCAGUCAGAAACAAAGAAAGAUAAUAAUCAUGAUGCCGAGUUUAUGCUGUCAUUAAGAGAUGAUGUUAAUGCAUUAUAUAUCCCGUCGGUCUUUUUUGUUGAUGUUUUAAGGGCUGCACUUUAUCUGGAAAUCCAGGGUCUGGUGGAUUUAUGCUUCGAUUAUUCAUUAAAUCCGGAGAUUGUCAAGAAUCAGUUCCGCGACAUGACUCCCGAAGAGGAAGCCAAGAUUCGUAGGGAGAAUCCAUGGGCUUUUUAAUACAGUAGUGUAGUAUCGUAAUUCAUUGUCGCGCAUCUCAUGUAAAAUUUUAGGAACUUAAUAAUAUUGUUUCUGAUAGUACGAAAGCAAUUAAGUGAA